CUGGUUUUCAAUUUUUAAGGUAACUCAAUUAUGUUAAACAAAUUUAGACAUCUAAAUUGAACUAAUCAGAUGAUAAUAUUUUUUUGACAUUUAUUUAUUUAUUUUACAAAACAAACAUCUUAAGAACUUUAUUCCAAACAAACUACACACCAAAAUAAUGUACAACACAAUUCAACAAGACAAUUAACUUUGAAGAGGGAAAGGAAGAAGUUUAAAAGUUUCAAAAAUAUUUUUUAAUGAAGAAUCUUAUGAUAAAAAAUUAAAAAUUAAAUUCCACAAAUAAUGUUAACAUUAUACUAUAAAUAGUAAGAUGAGCUACUACAGAAAUAACUGAAAAGACGCCUGACCAACAACAAACCAUUUUUGUUCAUGGAUGACCAUGAUUUAAUAGAGAAAAAAUCAAAUAAGCAAGCUUGCAUGUAUUUCUCAUAAUUCUUUGGAUUAAGUGGACAUUCAAAAUUGCAUACAAAUAUGAACAUAAUCAUCUACGUUUUUUGAAAAUGAAAAGAGCCUUAAAAGAAAAUUAAGAGAAGAAACCGUAAAAACUUCAAAAGUAAAAGAAAGAAAACAGAAAAGAAAUGAAUUGUCCAGAUUAUGAAAAUUUACGACUGGUUGACAUAGCAUGUGAAUGUCACAAUGAAUUUGUUCAAAAAACAAAAUACAUUUCAAAAAAAAGAUGCUCAACAGAAGAAACUUACGAUGAGGAAUCCAUCUAUUAUGAAAGAGGAGGGUUAGUUGUUUGUAAUGACUCAAGUGGUAGAAUUUGUGUGGAGUAUAAAAAAAAGACAGAUGAUGGUGAUGAUAAUAAAUCUCAACACGGGUCAAAUAAUUCACCAGAGAUAGAACAAAAUGAUAUCACAGAAAAAAUUGAAUCUUGUUUUCCGUAUAAAAUCAAAAGAAAAGGUGGCCAAUGCUCAGCCGCUUUAUAUCCAUAUGAAAUAAUCAGAAAAUUUCCAUUUGAUGAUAUUUGUAAGUGCAAUGAGAAUAAAAUUUUAUCUGAAGAAGUUAAGCCUGAAGAAGUUAAGCCUGAAAAUUCUCCCGCAUCACCUACCACAAAUAAGCCAACAGAGAAUGACAAAAAUAAAAAGACAUCUUCAAAAAGUGCCAGGUCAACAGAUGGAACAAGCAAAUCAUCGUUAAAAAAAAUGAUACAAAAAAAGUUUGGUAAACGGAUUAUGAGUUUGAACAAAGAUAAAUCAUCUGUCACAUCUGAGGAUAUGUGUAAUUGUUUUCCUGACUUAAACUGUCAAUGCCCAAAAACAGGAGAGUAUAAGGUAUUGAAGAAUGAAUACGAAAUACUAAGGGAUCGUCCAUUAAAAACAGAAUAUCUUGCCAAACCUUGUAUGCAAACUUUUUUUAAUCGAUGCCAAGAGGAAAAUGGCAUACAUUCAUCAUUAGAUGAUGCUAUGAAAGAAAAUGAUGAACAUCAAACCGUGUUUUUAGAUUCCGGCACAAAGUGUUUCUAUAAUAACACACCUUGCUGCCCAUGUCCAAAACGUGAUCCUGAUCCAGACCAUCCAAGAUAUCUUUCAACAAAAGUAAAUGUGACAGACCUUAUGAAACAAUUACUUACCUUUCAUUUCAAUAGAAGUUAUAUGAGUCAAUAUUACUCACGAGUACAAAUGGAUAAUAGUGAUGAACCUUGUGAAAUCUGCCUAGACAAGAUAAUGCAAGCUGCUGGGUGUGUGGGCUCCUGCUGCAAAUGUCCAAAACCAGUAGAGUUGAAAUCUUGCAACUGCCCACAAUCAUCAGAAUCUGAAUCUGAAUCUACUUCAGAGGAUGAUCAACAUGAGUCUAGAACUGAACAAUUGGAACAAAGUAUUUCUCGUAUGCAACAAAAUAAAGAAGGAAAGCUUGAAAAUAAAAACAUAUAUCUUAAUGAAAAUUGUGGGCUGUUAUUUCAAGAGUUGGCAAAGCAAACAAGUAGUCCAACUAGACAAAACAAAUGUGAUUGUUCCAAAAUUAAUUAUAAAACUGAUUAUCAAUGCUACAAUGUAAUGUGUACCAACACCCCUGGCUAUAAUGAGAUAAAUGUGUGUUCAACAUGCAAUUUCUGGAAUGAAAAUAACUUGAGCUCAGACGAACAAGAGAUACAGGAGGGAACUCACUGGGAUAAGCAAAAGAGAAAAAUUACUAGAGCUGUUGAACCAUUGACGGAGGAAAUAGACACACGGUCAGAUUGUGAAGCAGACCCAUUUCGAAAGCGAAAUAUGUUCAAGGGAUUCUUCAGCAAAAUGAAACUGGAUUGGCCCAAAAAGAAAAAUACCUUAAAAAGCACAGAGCAUAAAGAAAAUUAACAUUCAAAAUGUCAAGUUCCUUCCACUCUUUAAGCUAUAACUUGUCUUUACAAACAAAAUACAUUUUUCAGUUCACUA